CAGGGCUUGUGUGAUUGGAGGGAAACCCCGUGGAUUAGCCUGAGCGCUUGUGUGGGGAUCAGCUGUGGAACGUAGUUAGCCAGGCGGACCAGGAACGCUAGUAUUCCCUACACUCAGCCGUGACACACGACAGCUUAAGCCAUGGACAAGAGCGACCUGGUGGCCAAGGCCAAGCUGGCGGAGCAGGCCGAGCGCUAUGACGACAUGGCGGCGGCCAUGAAGGCGGUGACGGAGGAGGGUGGCGAGCUCUCCAACGAGGAGCGCAACCUGCUUUCGGUGGCCUACAAGAACGUGGUGGGCGCCCGGCGCUCCAGCUGGCGCGUGGUCUCCAGCAUCGAGGGCAAGUCCGAGGGCAGCGACAAGAAGCAGGCCAUGGCCAAGGAGUACCGCGAGAAGAUCGAGAAGGAGCUCAAGGACAUCUGUAACGACGUGCUGGAGCUGCUGGACAAGUUCCUGAUCGCCAACGCAACUCUGCCCGAGAGCAAAGUCUUCUACCUGAAGAUGAAGGGAGACUACUACCGUUACCUGGCAGAGGUGGCCGUGGGGGAGGAGAAGGCCUCCAUCAUCGGCAACUCCCAGGAGGCCUACAAGCAGGCGUUUGACAUCAGCAAGGCGGAGAUGCAGCCAACGCACCCCAUCCGCCUGGGCCUGGCCCUCAACUUCUCCGUCUUCUACUACGAGAUCCUCAACUCGCCCGAACAGGCCUGCAAGCUGGCCAAGACGGCUUUCGAUGAGGCCAUUGCGCAGCUGGACUCACUGAAUGAGGACUCGUACAAAGACAGCACACUGAUCAUGCAGCUGCUGCGGGACAAUCUGACACUGUGGACCUCAGACAACCAGGGAGAUGGGGAGGACGCUGAGGAGGGCAGAGAAAACUGAGUCCCGGAGCCUGCCUCACUACGGACCAACCACCUACCCCCAUACCCACCCCAACCCCAUACCCCAUACCCAGCUCCAACCCCUCCUCCCUCCACCUCCACCUCCACCCCUCCUCCCCAGUCAUUGUCCUGGCGGACCACCAACACUGAGACCACCUCAUCAUCAUCCAGCUUCAGUCUCUCUCUCUUUGUUUGUCUCUUCAUCCGUUUGUUCUUUACCUCUGUGCUACUCACACCUUUUUGCAGUCAUUGUGGGGUUCCUGUUUUUCCUAGAGGAUCUGUGUGUCUGUGUGGGGGGUUGCAGGGGUCUAGGAGUGGGGUGGGGUGGGGUGGAGUGGAGGGCUGGGUGGGGAGGUGAGGAUGGGCUUAUUUUGGUCUUUAGCCUGUCUGAGUAUGUGUCUGCGUUGCGUGCGCUCCAGCCUUGGGAUGACAGUGUGUGGGCUAAAACGGAAGACAUUUUAAAAUCUCCAAAUGUGUUUUGAGGGGGGUUAAGGUUCGUUACAGGUGCUUUGCCAGUCCCCCUGUCCAUUCCAUUUGUGCCAUCCUCAUCUUUUUUGCCCAAGACAUCCAGCCGCCUACUCGGGAGUUGUCUUUCUUCCCUUCCUUCCUUCCCUCCUUCCCUCCCUUGCUUCCUUCUUUCUUUUUCCAUCUCUCUUUUCUCCUUCACUCUUCACUUCACUUCUUCUCUGGGGCCACUGCGUUUUUCAACAAAGACCCGCCACUCUCUGGGCCAGGCAGGGGAGACGUCCUGCAGCGCUUUAGUGGCUUGGCAUGGCACUGUGCAGUCAGAGGUCAAACUUGAUUGAUUGCUCCACCACCACCACCACCACCACAAGCACCACCACCCUCCUCCUCUGCCCCUUACCCACUUCUCCAAAAGCACAUACUGUACCACGGAAGAGCUUGGCAGAGGAGAACAAUAACAAAAAAAUCACACUAGAAAGAGAUUAAAGGUUACAUUCCAUUAACGGUCACUUGCUCAAGGUUUCUUUUUUUUUCUGUUUGUUUGUUUUUUGUUUGUUUUGUAUUGGCCAUCUUGGGUGGCUCGGUAAUAAUAAUAUUAAAAAUAAAGAAUGAACAUUUUUUGUUUUUCCUUUCUUUAUAUAUUGCUCAAUCAUGUAUGACCUAAAGACAGAGAGCCUAAUCUAGCUUUGGCAGAACUGUUCACAAUGCUGUAUGCUGUUGGAGCAGCAAGAAGCCCCUAUGUGCUCAAUCCUCUUACUGCUUUCCCAUCUCGAUUAUGGUUUGUCGUUUUACCAUUUUAUUUUAUAAACUGCCUUUUAUUUACUUCUUUGAGGGUUUUGUUUUUGUUUGUUUUUUUGUUUUUUGUUUUUUUGGUAUUUGGAAAUUUGCUGAUAGAAGUCUGAGAUAGAAGAAGAGGGCGUUUUGCUGUCGGGCUUUGUUUCAUGUCAUGCAAGUGGAAUUAAAAAAAAUAAUAAUUUAAAA